AUGGCUGCAGAGCUUCCCAUUCUCAAGGAUGCGCAGUUGCGCCGGCUGGCUAAUAUAAUUUACGGCCAAGAAGUACAGGCCAUACAACACAUCCAAUUCGGCUCCAAACCCGAGCAUGUCAAAUACCUCCGCACCAGCAGAAGCAAUUACGAGGUGGCUUUGGCCCUCCUCGAUGCCGGCGCUGGCUUGGUGAAGAGCAAGUCCGCUGCCACAGCAGACAAAGACGACCGCCGGUCCUUGACCGCUCGCAACGUCUACGAUUACACUGUGUACUGCGUCCACCUCGCACUAGAGGGCAUCUCAAACUACACGGUGAGAAGCGACUACCUCAGCAAAGUAAAAGAACACGCGGAUGAACUGAUUACAACUCUGAGGGAGAUGCACCCCAAAGAUGUUACCAAAAUCGUUAAACUGGCCAACGAUGCGACUCAGUACAGGGACAAGAUGCUGGAGUAUUUUAAGAGCUAG